AUGCGCGAUACGAUGUGUCACAUUCAUUUUCCGGAUUCAAACAGAAUUCAUGACGUGGAAAAGAAUAACCAGGUCUCAGUAUCUGGAACAGUCGGUCAAGUAGAAAAAGCACGACAGCGACUGCGAAAACUGUCACCCUUGUGUGUGACGUGCGAUUUACCGAAUACAUGCCGUUAUUCUUUCCAAGAAGUGCAAAGAAGCAUUGGACAUCCAGACAUUUUUGUUAGUAUGCGUGAAGAACGAAAUGGUAAAGUGAAGUGCAUUUUGAAGGGGACUGAACAAAAAGAGGUCGAAAUGGUCAAGGCCAUUAUGAUUUUGGCUAAUAUGUAUCGUCUGCAGAACGACAACAGUCUGCUUUGUCACACAACAGUGCACGCUCACGCGCGCCUCGAGAGUUUGCUGCGUGACCAGUCAAGGAAGGAUGAAAUGCAAUGGUUGGCGCAGCGUACUUCAACUCACAUAAUUCAGUCGAGCUCGGCUGAGAAUGGUUUCGAGUUAUUCAUUUUGGGGCCAGUAGCUGGCAUUCUGACUGCAAGAAAAUACAUCAUCGUAAGUUACUCAAAUUGUUUCAUUUCCCUGUAG